AUGGCUUCCAUACCAUGGCCAGCAUUACUCAAACUUGUGCUUGCUCUUUUCAUUUGGACAGGCACGAGAGUGAUCUAUAAUAUCUACUUCCAUCCGCUUAGGUCAUUCCCCGGUCCGGUCUUAGCUCGCGCAACGCGGCUGUACUCAGUUUACAUUCGAGCUGCUGGCUUAUCUGAUUGGAAAGCACUCCAAUGGCACAACCAAUACGGCGGAAUUGUGAGAGUUGCGCCAGAUGAACUCAGCUUCAGCACAGGCUCUGCCUGGGAAGACAUUUAUGGCACAAAAUUGAGCAAGUCGCAGCGUCUUCAGAAAGACCCACACUUCUACAUGGGCGCGACCGCGCCAAACGGAGAGAAGAAUCUGGGUGCUGCCAACGAUGAGGAUCACAGUCGUAUCCGCAGUGUAAUAGCCCAUGGCUUCUCGGACAGAGCGCUUCAUACCCAGGAAGGCCUGAUCCGAGCUCAUGUAGAUCGAUUGGUGCAACACCUGGGAGAUCUUCACGAAAAACCAACUGACAUCGUCCGUUGGAUACACCACCACGCGUACGAUGUGAUUGCACAUUUGUGCUUCGGUCAAGACCUUGAUGCCUUAAGCUCCAAAGGCUGGUUUCCACCAGCUAAAGCCGUCUUUGAAGGAAUUCGCGAAGGCGUGACUCUCAUUGAAGUCUUGCGAUUCGUUCCCUUCAAAGCGACUGUGCUUGGGAUGCUGGUCUGGGCGUUUGGCAAGGCUCGUCGUGAGAACUUCGAUGCCUCAGUGUCUCGAGCCAUGCUACGUCUGCGUCAGGAGGAGACAGACAAUGUUGAUUUCAUCUCAUACAUAUUGAGGGCCAAAGAAUCUGCCAAAGAGCUAACACCGUCAGAGUUGACGGCCAAUGUUGCCCUCCUGAUUGAUGCAGGAUCCGAAACCACAGCCACUAUGCUGUGCGGUUGCCUCUUCUACCUAUCCAUGGAUCGAACGACGUUGGAGGCACUGACCAGCACGCUGCGUAAUGAAUUCAAAACUUACGAUGAAAUCACUCUUCGAAGCUUGGCGAAGAUGAAGCCUUUGACCAACGUUCUCCAAGAGAGCUUAAGAGUCUAUCCUCCAUUGCCAGCAUCGCUUCCUCGGAUGAUACCAGGAACAGGAGCCACGAUAAAUGGUAUUCUCGUGCCUCCGAAGACCCGGGUUGGAGUACAUCAGCUUGCAGCAUAUCACAGUGCGAAAAACUUCGCUCAACCAGACAAGUUUCUCCCAGAGAGAUGGGAUGGUACUGACGAGCGAUUUGCUCACGAUCAGCGAUACGUACUUCAGCCGUUCUCGCUGGGCUCUCGUGGCUGUUUAGGCAAGAAUCUAGCGUGGGCCGAGAUGAGACUGACAUUAGCAUGUCUUCUGUGGAGUUUCGAUCUGAUCCUGGAGCCGGGUCAAGAGAAGUGGCACAAAAAGCAGCUCACUUGGUUCAUCUGGGAUAAAAAGCCACUUCACAUGCGUUUCGUGCCAAGAAGAAAGUAG